UCACACACACACAGCCAGCUCGUCACACACACACACACACACACACACACACAGUCAGGACUCCAGAGGCAGCCGGUGGCAGCCGGUGAGCAGUGAGAGUGACAGGAGGACAGACGGACAACCAGAGGAGCUGAGAGCGGCACACCGGAGGACAGUAGAUGGAGACAAAGUUUGGAGGCAGAGGAAAGAGACAGUGACAAACACUGCUGCGAGAGGAGAGAAGAAAGAGAAGGAGAGUCGAAGGGAAACAGAGGAGAGACACACGUUUCUUUUUUUCUCAUCUUCAGAGCAUGGUGGCAGAGUGCACAUGGAUUUAGUCGAGCUCUACCUCCCAGAGUGUUUCACCUACCACUCUGACACCGAACAUCUGGGCAGGAUGUCAGUGAGGGGCUUGGACCCCACCUGUCCCUCCACUAUAAAGCGUGAGCCCUCCAGCCCCAGCUCUCAGGGGGACGUCAGCCCGGCCCAGCCCAGUCCUGGAAGCACCUCGUCGGACACAAACUCCAGCUACGGGGCCCUGAUCAAGGGCCAUCACAAUCACAUCAAUGGGCUGGACUCCUCGGGCCUCUAUGGGCACACAGCCGGGUUGGCCAGCAAUGUAGCAGCAAACAGGAUGUUUGUGGAGGAAGAAAGCCAAGUGAAGUGUGAAUUCAUGCUGGGCUCGGUGGCCAAGCGUGUGUGUCUGGUGUGCGGUGACGUUGCCUCGGGCUACCACUAUGGCGUGGCCUCCUGUGAAGCCUGCAAGGCCUUCUUCAAGAGGACCAUCCAGGGUAACAUUGAAUACAGCUGCCCGGCGUCCAAUGAAUGUGAAAUCACCAAGAGGAGGAGGAAAUCCUGCCAGGCCUGUCGAUUCGUGAAAUGUCUGUCUGUGGGCAUGCUGAGAGAAGGUGUGCGUUUGGACCGGGUUCGCGGUGGCAGACAGAAGUACAAGAGGAGGAUAGAUGCGGAGAACAGCCCGUACCUGAACCCGCAGAAUGCCUUGCCUCAGAAAAAGACGUACUUUGUUGGCGGUGUGGUCGAAAACAAAGUGGUGUCCCUGCUGCUGGUGGCCGAGCCCGAGGGCAUCUUCGCCAUGCCGGACCCCACCGUGCCCGAGAGCGACAUCAAGGCUCUGACCACGCUGUGCGACCUGGCCGACCGAGAGCUGGUGGUCAACAUCGGCUGGGCCAAACACAUCCCAGGCUUCCCCUCCCUCUCUCUGGCGGACCAGAUGAGUCUACUGCAGAGCGGCUGGAUGGAGAUCCUGAUUCUCAGGGUGGUGUUCCGCUCGCUGGGCUUGGAGGACAAGCUGGUGUACGCCGAGGACUACGUCAUGGACGAGGAGCAGUCCAAGCUGGCCGGGCUGCUCGACCUCAACAACGCCAUCCUGCAGCUGGCGAAGAAGUAUAAAACCAUGGCGCUGGAGAAGGAGGAGUUUGUGGUCCUCAAGGCUAUCGCGCUCGCUAAUUCAGACUCCAUGCAAAUUGAGGACUCGGAGGCGGUCCAGAGACUCCAGGAUGUCCUCCACGGGGCCCUUCAGGAGUACGAGGGCGCCCACCACCCGGAGGACCCUCGGCGGGCCGGCAAGCUGAUCAUGACCCUCCCUCUCCUCCGCCAGACGGCGGCUCGCGCCGUGCAGCACUUCUGCAGCAUCAAGCAGGACGGCCGCGUGCCCAUGCACAAACUGUUCCUCGAACUGCUGGAGGCCAAGGUCUGACCCCCCCCACACCCCCGGGACACGGGACGGCCCAUCAGCUUCGUCCCGGGGAAAGUGAAGGACGGCGGGGUGACGGUGAGGGUUUUCGUCCAUUUCAGCUUUGAACAAGAGGAUUUUUUUUUAAAAAAUCUGCCGCGGGGAAGCACGACAGGACUUUUUUUUUUUUUUAGAGCAACAUCUUUUCCUUCUCCCGACGUCGGAUCGAACGGAGCCGUCUGAUUGGCGCAGAGUGUCUCGACGACGAGGAACAUUGUCAUCUUGUCAUCGACAGCGUGAAAGCAGAAGAAAGCGCCUUCUAGAGAUAUUUACAGUAACACGCCAAAAGUAGAGCUUCUCCUGUCAAUAGACCACUUGAUACUUGAAUAUCCUCCUGGAUUAUGUCGUCCAUCUUGAAACCUGUUAAUCUGCAUUCUAGUGCAUUUAGAAAAGCCUUUUUCCUGAUUUUUGAUUUUGUUUUUUUGUCCUUUUUUUGUAGAGGAAAGGUAAAUGUGUCCUGAGAGGAAAGUCUUGCCAAAGAGUAAAGACUCAAACUAUUAAUACCAGCAUAUGUCCACAAUAAUAUAAUGUGGCCUGUAAGACAUUAACUUCACAUAAACCUGCAUCCCUGCUGUGUUGUGUAUGGCAAAAAAAUAUCUAUCCACUACAUUCAUAUAUAAAUGAUGAAAGGGAAGCUAUUAAGUGAUCUCAUAAAACAAUAACCGGCUUCCUGAUUUAUUUGCAAAUUUCAGGGAAAGAGUAUAAAAUGCAUUAUACAACUGUACGACAGCAACGUGAUAUUUAUUCAAAAGUAGCUCUGUUCGUUUGCUGUUUAAAAAUUUUUUUAUUUACUAAUGUGGCAUUAAUGAAGAGUAGAUUAAAAACAACUCCGGUGGAUGAUAAUUUUUUUAAAGAUUUUUUUUAAUGAUAAAGUAAAAUCAUUUUUACUAGCUUCUCCGCUCCAGCACUGACACCAAUGUAAACCAUAUCAUGAAAUUCGAGGCAACUUGAUUAUAAUUGGAGUUCGUACUUAAAGAUCAUAAUGUUGUAGAGUUAUUGUAGACCCUUAGAUAUAACUUUAAUAUGUAAAAUGGCUGCCAUACUGUAUAAUCUGGAUUAGGGAGGCAUUUGAUGUCCUUUCUAUGGUAGAAUGUCUUUGUAGGAUGAAAUUUGUGCACUACUUUUUUUUCCCUUUUAGCCAUAAAGUUUGGGGAAACUGGUGUUAAUCUGUUAGAGUGUUUUGUGUGAAGAGUAGUUAUAUCUGAAAUUUGUCUUUUUUCUGCACCCGUUACAUGAAGGGAUGAAACCGAAAAGGGAAACUCGGUGCAUCGAGUAAAAAGUCUUUCUCCUUAUUUUACUCGAGGUACCGUGACGCUAUAAUGUGCAUAUUUUUGUGACAAGAUGACGGCAGCAAUAUGCCGGUUUAAAUGUGUGUACUGUACGUUUUGCUGUAUAUACGUCAUGUCUUACGCCAACAGAGAUGUUUAAGGAUGCAAAUAAGCUUUGUUUGGAUGAGCUGUGCCGCGCUAAUAAUUCAUUCUCAGGUGGAUUCUUGGGCAAUAAAGAUGAUCCCCUUAAUGCAAAGCUCA